AUGACUCGUACACGCGGUUAUAUGAACAAGAAGUUAAAUUUCUGUUAUAGGGCCAUCUCGGUGUUGCUUGGUAAUGGAGAGGAGAGUCAUACGCUUGUCCGUCAUCAACUUAUCCAAAAGUUGAAGACGCAUAAAGACUCGUGCACGCGGUUAUAUGAACAUGAAGUUAAAUUUGAAGUGAUUUACGAAGCUCUUGUUCCUUGGUUGGGAGCUUACACACCGAUGCUAAAUUGGAUGAGAUUCCCGGAAAUGAGACAUCUUAUUGCAUGUGCAUAUGAUAGGAUGUGCAUUGACUUGAUGCGAUACGGGUUUUCGAAAACCUUUUUCCCACUCCGCACCGCACCACCUAUAAAUCCAAAUGAUGGCAUAAUGUGUAUUGGAUGGCUCGCAAAAUUGAGUCAUUUUGUACAAGUUUACUUGAAACCAGGAUGUCCCAUACCACCUACAUCACCGGAAUGGCUGUUUCAUCAUGCCACAGAUGCCGAGACGGAGCCAGAUCUUUUUGUUGAUAGGAUGCACAAAUUCAAAAGAUUGAACAACAUCGAAAAGGAAUCGAAUAAGGAAAAGCCAAAAUUGUAA